AUGGUGUGGGUAGAGCUUCCUGCUGAUUUUGAGUUUGAGUGUGAUGAUGUUGGAGUGGGGUGUAUACUGGAUUGUUCCGUAAGGACCACCUGGACGACAAGAGGAGCAUCCGCAGACAGAACAUCUACAGGAGGUGCAGCCGUGGACAGGAGGACCAGCCGGAGGAGCACCCACAGACAGGAUCAUCUACAGGAGAUCGACUUCAUAUUAACGAGAACACGAAUACGGAUCACAAUCAGACUCAAGAGCCAUCCCCAAUGCAGGCCUGGACACAGACCACAGGCCAAUCAUCACAACGUUGACCACCAAGAAAGAAAGAAAACCAAAAAAACAUAAAAGACAGCAAGAGAGACUAAAUAUGCAUAAACUUGGAGAUGAUCAGGUGCAGGCUCAGAUCAGAAGCACGUUAAAUGAAAAACUAGGCUCUAUCAACUCUACAAUACUAACCGUAGAGGAAGCUUGGGAUACCUUCAAAACAACUCUCCUGG